ACUGCUUGCAUUUGUUGACGUUUUCCGGCGGGAAAUGGAACAAUUAUUGUUAUUUUGUUAAUUCAUCACAUCUAUCUAUCAAUUCGCUAUAAAUUUGUGUAUCUUUCGUGCUAGUUAUUAGUUUUUAAAACAUCCAUAUUUAUUAGUGGCAGCGAGACAAGUGAUUAUUGAAAAUGGGUGUUCAAUUUCCAUUUCCUUUUGAACCAUACGAAAUUCAAAGGAAAUUUAUGCGGGAAUUGUAUUUCACUAUUGAAAAAAACAAUCUUGGCAUAUUUGAAAGUCCUACAGGAACCGGCAAAUCGUUAAGUAUUUGCUGUGGAGCGCUGCAAUGGCAGAAAGAUAGUUAUAAAAAAUGUCUAGAAUCCUUACAGACGGAGAUAUCUGAAUUAAAACAAAAAAUGUCAAGUAUAGAAACUACUGACAAUUGGCUAGAAGAGAAAUUUGAAGAAAUAACAAUAAAAAGAAGUCUCAUAGCAUUAGAGUUAAAACUAGCAAACCAUAAAAAGAGGAUAGACUCAUUCAAUGAAAUGAAACAAAGAGUGAAGAAGAAAGAGAAACAUGAUGUUAAGAAAGCUAUAGAUUAUAAAAAUAAGAAUACAGACGAUCUGGAAAUAGAUAAUAAGGAAAAUGAAGCAGAUAAAGAUGUGGAUUUAAUUUUGGAAGAAUGUGAAAAAGACAGUGAAUCUGAAGAUGAAGUUGAAACUGAGGAAAAUGAAAAUAAUGAUAGUAAGAUAUACAUUAGCAGUAGGACUCACAGUCAGCUGUCCCAGUUCAUUGGUGAAAUAAAGAGGACAGUGUUCAGAGAAGACACGAGAGUCGUCACCCUGGCUUCCAGGCAACACUACUGUAUCAAUAGCGAGGUGGCUAAGCUGAAAAAUGUUAAUUUAAUUAAUGAAAGAUGCCUAGACAUGCAGAAAUCCAAAAACAAAUCAACAUCAGUAGACGAAGACGGGAAAGUCCUCAAGAAAACUAAAACGAAAUCCUGCACUUCCUGUCCUUAUUACAACCAUAGCAACAUAGCGCGGUUGAAAGAGACGAUGCUAGUCGAAAUGAUGGACAUUGAGGAUUUGGUCAAAUGCGGGAAAACGCUUAAGGCUUGUCCGUACUACGCGUCGAGGAUGGCGCUUGAAGAUGCUGAGGUGGUGUUAGUAAGCCAUGCAGGCAUGGUUAGCGCUGGAGCCCGAUCCGGGUUUUCUCUCAAACUACAUAAUAAUGUGUUGAUACUAGAUGAAGCGCACGGUCUUACAACUGCUUUGGAGAGUGCGCAUUCAGCCCCUGUCUCGACCAAGCAACUGACAGCGGUGAAAACCUUCCUGAAGUUCUACAUUGACAAGUAUAGAGCUAGAUUGAGCAGUAAGAACCUGUUGACCCUGAACCAAAUGAAUUUCGUUGUCGGGAAGCUUGUUGGUAUGAUAAAACCCAAAUCUACAGCUGAAAAACAAGAAGACACAACGAUAAUGACACUUGAAGACUUCGUUAUAAAGGCUGAAAUCGAUCACAUGAAUUUAAGGCCUUUAGUAGAAUUCUGCAGAAAAACUCGCCUGGCUCCUAAACUACACGGGUUUUCUAUGCGGUACAGUCAGCAAGCAUUGGAGGAGGAAAAUAAACGUACAGUCGAGAAAAAAAGUUCGUUUAAAGAUUUCUUGAGCAAUAUUUCUAAGAAGAAAACUGAGGUUGAAGAAACCGUGAAAGAAGAAGUAAAACCGGCGAUACAGGCUCCCACGGAGACCUCAGCCGGCAGCGGUCUCUACGCCAUCCUGGACUUUCUGGACAGACUCUGCGAUCGCAGCGUGAACGGGCGAAUCCUAGUGCAAAGCGGCGAGAGUGGUCUAUUGAAAUACUUGCUGUUGAACCCCGCGGACCACUUCUCUGAUGUCGUCAAACAGUGUCGCUCUGUGAUUCUAGCAGGAGGAACUAUGGAGCCUAUCAGCGAAUUCAAAGACCUACUAAAGAGCGAUGGCAAGGAGGUUAACGUGGUAAAAUGCGGCCAUGUGGUGCCUCCGGACAAUGUACUGGGAGUGUGCCUGUCUAAGGGACCAUCUAACGUUAGUCUUAACUUCUCGUAUGAGAACAGGAUGAGUAAAGAAUUGUUGAAAGAAGUAAGCAGUAUCUUACGAAACGUCUGCAGCAUCGUACCAGGCGGCGUGGUCUGUUUCCUACCAUCGUAUUCUUACGAAAAAACUGUAUACGAACACUUACAUGCGAACAAAGUCAUCGAAAAUAUCUGUAAAAAGAAAUCCGUCUUCCGCGAACCGAAAUCUUCAGCAGAAGUUGAUCAGGUUUUGAAUAAGUUUGCUGCAGCUGUAAAAAGUAAAGAAGGAAAUCGAAAUGGUGCGUUGAUGUUAAGUGUUGUUGGUGGGAAACUAAGCGAAGGACUGAAUUUUAGUGACGACCUAGGCCGCUGCAUCAUUGUAGUCGGUAUGCCGUACCCUAAUGUAAAGUCCCCCGAACUGCAAGAGAAAAUGAACUACCUCAACCGAACUAAUGGCUCAGGGAGUGCGUACUAUGAGAACCUUUGUAUGAAGGCGGUCAACCAAUGCAUAGGACGCGCUGUUCGUCAUGCUAACGACUACGCGUGCGUACUUCUGGUCGAUGAUAGAUAUUCGAGGCCCCACACUAUGGCGGCUCUGCCUUCUUUUGUACAAAAAUCUUUGAUGUCUAACUGCAAUUUUGGUCCAACCGUUGGGAGCAUGGCGAAAUUUUUUGCAAAGCAUAAAAACUCGUCUUAAAAAUACUUAUUUAUUCCUGAAAAUUAAAUAAAUGAUUAGCACAAAUUUA